AUGUUGAAGCAGCCGCUCCCGCCGCCCUCUCCUCAACCUGGCUCUCCCGCCUCGGCUCCCCCGCCGCCCACCACGCCGACGCCGCCUCCCCCGGCCACCGCGGUAGCCGCUGCAGCCGCCGCCUCGCGCAAGGCCAACCCGACCCCCGCCAGCCCCAACGGCAGCCUCAGCCCCGGGGCUACGGGAGGAGCCAGAGCAGCGACGGUGGCGCCCCCCGGUAGCGGAGGGGGAGGCCCCCCGGGAGGAAGCGGCACAAGGUACGUGGACCGAGAAACGAAAACCGACUUUACAUCCGGGGAAGUGGGGAGGGGGAGAGAGAAGGGGCGGAGGGGACAGAAAUAAGGAACCGCGCGCGCUCCCGCUCCCAAGGGUUGAAAGGAGGACUUGGCCCGGCGCGGGGAGCGUGUGUGGCUCUGAUAAGCGAAGCCUAAGUCCUGAACCACCGAUUCGACGUUGCAUUGCCCAGUGUGCGCCCUUUGCUAAAAUGGUGCGGGGGCGCAUCCCAGUUGGCCUGUGUGGUUUAAAAAAAGGGAUCGUAAUAGUUUCUUAGGGAUGAUGCUUUAGGUAUUUUUCCUGGUGGGAUGGAAGAGGGAAGAUGAGGUGUGAGGGCCCUCAUACUCUUGAGCUGGCCCACUUUUGUAGGCGUUGGGAGUUGAUUUGGUGGGAUUUAAUUUAUGAGUAGGUAUGGGUGGGAUUUUGUUGAAGUACCACAUGCAAACCAUGUGCACUCAGGAGUAAGUCCCUUGAUCCCAAUGUAACAGGCUCCUUAUUAAGUGUGCUAUGGUGGUUUGCACUUACUUUGCACCCUUAUUUAGUUAGGUCAUUUCUUUUUUAUUAGCCGUAAACCACUUCUAUGGAUGAGUAAUGGACGUUGGCAAAAAAAAAAAAAGGGUUCCAGUAUAGUAGAAUAGUGAACUAAAAAGGCUUUGUUGAGAUAGUCAUCAGUCUGGUUUUUUCCUUCUUUAUGUUCAAUCAUGUUAUUCAAGACAGUGUCCAUAUUUGCAGUAAUAACAAACAAAGGAGUACCUCUGGUAUGAGGAAGAUGAGGGCUAGAAAACCACAAACCAUUGGUCAUAACAUUUUGAAAAACUGAACAAGUUAGAUGGAUGUUUUCCUGCUUUUCAUAUUUUGGUUCUUAAGAGCAGGGCAUCAUACAGCACAGAUUCUCUUUACCAUAUAGUUGUCACUGUUGCUAUUAUUUCAAUUACCAUGAAAUAUUUGGUCUUAAAAAGUUUGGAUGUAUGAGGUAGAGCUGCAGGGAACCUUUUCCGCACAAGGGUUGUGUCAGGAUUCUUGACUAGAUAGUCAGGGGAAGGAUUUAUGGGGCAGUAUAUACUUCCAUCUCAUUGAUGUGUAGUCUUUUACUUGCCAGCUGAGAGUAAUUUUUCUUAUAAUAUACACGCCACCAGUUUUUCUGAAGAGAUUUUGUUAGCUAAUGAAAAGGUCCUUAUUUCCUUCUGUUUAUCAAAAUAUUGGUUUCUUACUAGUGUAUCAUAAAACAAUUUUAUAAUGAUCUGAUGCAUCAAAGGUGGCCUGUUGAUCUGAACACUGUUUAUAUUUGGUGGGGGUUCACAUCACUUUCCUGUGAGUUACCCUUGUGCCUGAUUCAUUUUCAGGGGCCAGAGCACAGGCAAAGGACCUCCGCAGUCUCCCGUAAGUACUAGGAGCUAAGCCUUCCAGGGCCAUAAGACAAUUGUUGUACUUUGGGAUUCCUGAUUUAUGUGAUUUGGGUAACUACUAGAUGACAUCUGAGACCUAAGUAGCUGUGCUGUAUUAGUUGUUGGGAUGUCUGAAUGAAUGUUUCUCCAGGCCGAAAUUUCUGUGGCUAAAAAGGCAUCCCAAAAACAAGAUUUAAGAGUCUUCCUAUAUGGCCAAAAAGGAGGGGAAAAAACCCUCUUCCAUUAGUUAUAGCUUCUUCUGCAUGAUACCUUUUUCUAAGAAUCUUAAACUUUCACAGAUAAGAACAAUUUCAUGUAGUGAGAACUUGAGGUCAGUUGGCAUAUUUCAGGCUGGGUUUCCUGUAGUGUCUUAGAGCACUAUUAUUUUGCAUCUAGGUGCAAAGGAGGCCAACUCAUAACUGGUUACUAGUGGAAGAUCUUCUCUUUUCUGAGUUUUCAAGUUCACUAGGGACACUACAGUUAUGUCAGUGGGAGGCACAAAAACUGAAAUGUGACACCAAAUAAACCAUGUGGUUUGUAUCUGGGGCCCACAGCAGUAUUUGAGCACUCCCUACCUGGCAGGAAAUUUCUGAUACAAUUGGUCUUUUCUACUUCAUGCUCUCUGACCAAAGUGGAUAUGGGGCACCAUUAUCUUACGAUUCCCCAGUUCCCUGCUUAAGGUCCUAAAACUAGCUUGAGCUUAUGAAGGAAGCAGGUGAUUCAAUAGUUAUUUAACCCUAAGGUUAGUAUUGUUAAAUUAACCAUUUGUCAUUCCUGAAGCUGCAUACCUAAUACUUGGAAGUGACAGGGGGCAAUAUAGCAUUAUAAACUUUCGAAUAAACCUUGUCUGUCUUUCCUCUCUAUCUAUCACCAGGUUUUUGAGGGUGUCUAUAACAAUUCCCGAAUGCUGCACUUCCUCACAGCAGUUGUGGUGAGUCUCCAAGAGAGAAGCUAGGAGGGUGUAGGAUUUGAAGUGUCAAUAUGCAGGUGGAUGGUUCUGCAGUAAAGGGUGAUUCUUGUGGCAUUUCCCCCCAGUCCCAUCACUUGGUUUGGUGAGCCUUGCAGGAUAAGCACCUUACUUACUGUUUGUUGCACCUUACUGUUCACAUUGUGUGCUACCUAUUCAUUCCUUUCCCAGUGGUUUUACUUAGGUUUGUUUCCAGAUGGUUUUGUGAAUAUGAGACAUGGUCACUGUAAGAACAGGACGCUAGAGAAGAGCAUGAGUCUCUUAAUUUCAGGGUCGUGGAUUUGAGCCCCACAUUGGGCAGAAGAUUCCUGAAUUGCAAGGGUUGGACUAGAUGACUCUUGUGGGUCCCUUCCAACACUACAAUUCUAUGAUCUUUUACCUGAAGCCACAUGCAGGUUGUGAUGAUUGCUGUUAGCCCUGAUAUGAUCGAUAUUGGUGAUACAGUCCAAAUUAUUGGUUCUAGUACCAUUCCCCCCCCCCCCCCAAAAAAAAAGAAACGAAAAAGGAAUGCUAAUAGAUAUAUUUUCUUCCUCUUCCUUUUGGUGGCAUAGUUCUUGGAAAAAGUUGUUGAUUGGAUUGAGUUAGAGGGGCUUCAGUUUAUAACUUGAAAUGUCAUUCACUCUUUCUUAGUGUUAUUUCUGCCUUCUUUUUCUCUUGACAGGGGUCCACAUGUGAUGUGAAGGUGAAAAAUGGAAACACAUUUGAGGGGAUCUUUAAAACCUUGAGCUCCAAGGUGAGUGCUUGGUUUUGCUUUCCUAGAGUGUUUGAAAGUAGGUUUGAGUAUGAAAAGGAUUUUUCUCUGCCAUCUUUGUAUUAGAACAAGUAGGGCCUCACCACCAAUGGUUUCAAUGCAUCUGUGGUAUGCACAUUUCAGCAAGUUAGCAUUAAAGACGAGGUCCCUGCUUUAAUUUUUCUUACGUGUAACAUGGUUGUUACUUCACUAGCGAUAGCAUGACACUUUCUUCACUUUCAGCCACAUUGUUCUGCAUUUGUGAUACUGUGUAUCAUUCUGGUUGUCUCACCUCUAAAAGGGUCUUGUAGAGUUGGGACAGGUUCAGAAAAUGGUAAGGGGAUGGAGCAGCUAUGAGGCUAGGUUACAGAGUUAGGGAGUUUUAGUUUAGAGAAAAGGCGAGUAAGCAGUGAUGUGAUAGAAGUUUACAAAAUUAUGCAUGGGACAGAGAAAGUGGAUAGAGAAAAGUUUUUCUCUCAUUCUCCUAACACUGGCACCCAUCUAACUUGAGAGGCAUUAAAGCAUGAUUAGACAGAUUCAUGGAGGAUAAGGCUAUGUACUACCUCCAUUGUUGAGGCAUCAUGUCUCUCAAUACCAGUUGCUGGGAAUGGCAGGUGGACAGAGUGUUGUGCUGAUGUCUAGGUUGUGGCCUUCUGAGAGGCAUCUGGUUGGCCACAGGAUGCUCGGUUAGAUGGGCAAGUGGCCUAGAUCCAGCAGACUUUUCUUACGUUCUUUUAUUUUGGGAAAAAAAGAAAAUGCAAUCACUCCAAGCAAGUCAAUGGAUCAUGAAGCUUAUUUGCUUUGAGACUUCCUUUAGCAGGGUUUUGGUUUUUUUAAAAAUCACACUAAGUAAGAGCUGAUCUAGAAAGAGAAGGCUUUUUUUCUUUUUGCUGCUACCUUUUUUGAGUGUGCCAUGUGUGGACACAUUGGUGCCAGAUGCUAGCUGCAUUAAAAUCAUUGGUUUUUCUGUUGAUUUUUGUGGACAGCUCUUCUGUUCCUGGGGACAUUUCAAAAUAUAAACAUGGUGUGAAACGAGAUGUGCCUUUUCUCUACAGUACAUUUGUUUUGGCAGCAAGUGAAGGUCUAUCCCUUUCAUAAUCUUUUAGAGUUACAAUGGAUGAAGUCAUUUUUAAGUCUUUUAUAAGAAUUGGUUUUAAUUGAUUAUAUUUUGUAUUUUAUGUACAUCACUUGUGAUUGUGCUGAAAAGUAGUAUAAAAAUUCAUUGGUAAAAGAAAUGGCAUCACGUAUGCAGACAAUGAGAAGCACGCUCUACCCAUUUUCUGCUUGUGCUGUUCCUUUCUCAUUUUCCAGCUACCUCAUUUCUUUUUCCCAUCUGGCUUCCUGAGCAGCCCUCACUGGGCUGUUUGCAGUCCCCCCGUAGGAAUUUUUCUGAAGUCUUUUAAAAUUAUUGAAUCUUUAAGGUUCCCCUAAGUCUGCAGACACCUCCCGCUUGAGUGUUACUGUUUUGGCUACAUAAGUAUGGACGCACUCAUCUAAAGAUCAGAAAUAGAAUACAAGAUAAAAUCCUGUGUGUGCCACCUCUCACAAAAAGGCCUAGCACCUUGCUUGUUUGAGAAUGCAAGGAUGGAGCCUGAUAUUAGAUAGUUCUCAGUGGGCCACUUGAUGUCAUGAAAUACGGGUAUUAUUCCAGUUUCAGCUAGCUCUGUGUGGGUAGGGAUGUGUGAUAAUAUAUGUUAACAGGGAUUGUGUUUGCAGUUCGAGCUUGCUGUGGAUGCUGUGCACAGGAUGGUACCUGACCAGGCAGUAGGGCCCAGGAGAGAGGAUAUUGUGGACACCAUGGUUUUCAAACCUACCGAUGUUAUGUUGGUUCACUUCCACAAUGUUGACUUCAACUAUGCCACCAAAGGUAAUACAGCCUCAAGACAGCAGGGUUGAGGUCUGGUGUGUUACCUGGACUUGGCAGGGGGUGGGAGAGCUUGGAUCUUUUCCAUUAUGACCUUUCCCUCUGCUCUCUGUCCUAGAUAAGUUCACAGAUUCUGCCAUCGCCAUGAAUUCCAAGGUGAAUGGGGAGCAUAAAGAGAAGGUGCUACAGCGCUGGGAAGGAGGAGACAGCAACAGUGAUGAUUAUGACUUGGAUUCUGACAUGGCAAGUGUUCUGAACUGGGUGAAGCAGCAAAAGACGAAUGCUUGGGGCUGGUGCUGUGGGUCUGAUGCCUUGCUAAGCUGUUCUUUUGACAAAGGUACCUCACUGUUUAAAUGAUUGCUUUGUCUUUCAUUUUAGUCUAAUGGCUGGGACCCAAAUGAGAUGUUCAAGUUCAAUGAAGAAAAUUAUGGUAUAAAAACCACCUAUGAUAGCAGCCUCUCCUCUUAUACGUGAGUUAACACUUUUCAGUCAUUUCUGUACUGAGGGGUGCAGGGGAGGAAGGAUUUGAAGCAAUAUAUCAGGGUUGUCAGUGUAUCCUCCAGAUGCUGGAUUACAGCUCCCAGCAUUCCUAACUAUUAGUCAUGUUGCCUGAGGCUGAUAGGAGCCAGAGUCAAGCAACAUCUACAGGGUGCACAAAGGCUGCCCCUGCAGGACAUGAUGUAGAUGGUAUGGCUAUUUAGGAUAAAUCAUUCUGGAGGCCCUAGACUAAAGAGUGCAGCUCCAGUGCAGGGGAGAUCCCAGGUUAGUCAGUUGCCUAUUUAGCCCCCGAGAGCGAGCAAUUAUUGUCAGCCCCUACAAGUCAUUGACCAGCUGGUGAAAAGUAACAGGCAAAAGAGCAGUGGACAGAGUGCUGACCUUUUUGAACCCUGAAAUGGUCUUGGCUACCAGACCUGUGUUUGUCUUUCUCAUUCACACCCACACCCCUACACCUUACUCAUCAAUAGUUAUUGGUGGCUUUCUAGAGAAACCAAGAAACCUGAGCAUCAGUCAAAAGCAAUGAAGGAUUAAUGAGGUUGGGUUUUUUGUUUUAUUUUGCUAGGCAGGGUUAAACUCUCAGGAGAUGAUCUCAAGCUUAAAUGUGGCAAAUGUUAACCCACCCUGGAGUGAUGGAGCAGGCUGGAAUUUACUGUAUUUAUUGCUUAGAAGCUGUAUAACGUUUGGUCUUGUGAGGGUAGAGUACCAUGAUGCAAAUGAUGCCAGGGCUUGUAUGUAAGGUUUAAUUACUUAGGGAUAUCUGCAUCUGCAUUUGCAUGGGCAUGUAGCUUGAAUACCAAGCAUACCAGAUAUCCAGGUUUCUCUUGCCCUAAAAUCUACUGUACAGAUGUACCAGGCUCUCCUAAUGCUCACAUCUCCCCUCCCCCCCAAAAAAACCCAGUUUGUGGGUGGCUUUUAUUUUUCCACUGUUAUAAAACUUGUCAAUCCAUAGUCUGCUAGUGAGUUCUAAAAAUGUAAUGUGUUUCUUGGAACUUUGCCACCCUGACCUCUAAAAUUCUUAAAUGUUCAAAGUUUGUAAAGUUAAUCUUUCUUGUUUAUGCUGCUACAUUUUCAUUUUUAGCCCUUGACAUUCACUGUUCAUACACUGUAUUAAAGAAAGCUUUCUUUUUUCUUCUUCAGUUAGAAUUAAUUUCCAUGUGCAUGUUUGUCUGGGAAAUCAAUGUUGAUGAAAGUUUGGUUACAGUAGCAUCUGAAGCUUUCAAUCCCUUUAUAGGUCAGGCAAAGGACUUGAACUGCUAGAAUAUAUUUCUCCAAAGUGGCGCUUGGGUGGUUCUGUUCCUUUGAGGGCAACAGGCUUGUGUCUAUGUGUGAUUGGUAGAGCGUGUUUGUUUUGUCUCCCUGCUUAUUCUUCUUCACUGUACCAUCUGUGCAUGGUAGUGUCCCUCUUGAAAAGGAUAACUCAGAGGAAUUCCGGCAGCGAGAAGCAAGGGCUGCCCAGCUGGCUCGGGAGAUUGAAUCGAGCCCGCAGUACCGACUGCGCAUUGCUAUGGAAAAUGACGAUGGACGCACAGAAGAGGAGAAGCACAGCUCUGUGCAAAGACAAGUGUCGGGAAGGGACAGCCCCAGUCUGGCAUCCAGGUGAGAAGUGUGAGAAUUAUAGGCUGGUUUUGACCCAGCAGCAAAAUCCCUUAAUUGACAUAAGGCAAGUUGGGUUUCCACUGCAUCUCUUGGGAGGAAAGAACAAUGUUGACAUCCACUUUUAAAGGUUGGUACCUGAGAACUUACUCAUCUCAUACACGUGGGGGCUGACGGCCUACUUGCCUUGAAGGCAUCUUGUCCAUUUUCCCUUCUUGCUUUCACUCCAAGCAAGGUAUCAGGAAUUAUGCUACCACAAUAUUUUCUUUCAUUGUAGAGAGGGCAAGUACAUACCCCUUCCCCAGCGUGUCAGAGAAGGCUCAAGAGGAGGUGUACGCUGCAGCAGUUCUCGGGGUGGGAGGCCAGGUAUGGGGUCUCUACCACCCCGUGGAAGUGCACACCACUCAGAAGGCAACACUGGCUCCAUUCCAGAGCAGCGAGGCAUCAAUGGAGGUGAGGCUUACUUUCCCAAACUUAGAAUGUGGAAAUUUGAAUAGAUUGGUGCAGUUACUUCUAAAGGAUUUAAAUGUCUGUUGAAUUAGUUGAUUAAGCUCCCACAGGUGGUUGAAUUAGUUGAUUAAGCUCCCACAGGUGGCUGUGGAAUUUCCUCCUAUGUUGGUUUUCGGGGCGGGGGGGGGGGAAUUAUAUUCAGUGUUCUUUUAAUUUUUGGGCAUGACUUUCCCUUUGAGACACCCAUGAUGGUGUUAGGUUGCGAUAAAUACUGCAAUUUCUCCCACUUUCCAGCAGUAGAAAACUGAAGAUAGCAAAGGACCACUUGGUGUGCCUGCAUGGCCUCUUCACCUGCUUCUGUGGUUCCCUUCUUCUAGGUCCAUCCAGAAUGUCUCCAAAGUCUCAGCGACCCAUCCGAGGAGCUAAGAGCAUGUCUUCCCCUUCCAGUCGACCCAUGGAAGUCUCAGCUGCAACUUCUUCAGGUAGAGCGGGCAGUGGAAUUAAAGUGGAAUUUCCCCAUGACCCUCAGUAAACACCUGUGCUGGGUGUGAUGUUGCUUGCAUCUAAUAACUUUGCUUUUCUUACACAGUGGGUCGCCUCUAUGCUCCACGUUCUCCUAAGUCUGCCUCAACUGUGCCAGUCUCUUCCCAGGAUCCCCCAGUGGGAUCAACAGUCCCUGCUGCUCCUGCAUCGCCCUCUGAAUUGAGGCCUACUAUGGAGUCUAGUGCUUCCCCAACCCCGCCAUCACCCAAGGUUCCAGUAUCUGCCCCUGUAGCUGCUGUUGAGGGUAAGGAAUCACACUGGAGGUGAAGCUAGUCUGGUCCAUUCCUAGCACGGAAUGGACCUAGGCAUCUUCUCUCCUAAUGAAUUAGAUAGUUUAUCAAAUCUCUCGAGAAUUUGAUCAACUGAAGGAGCUUAAGACAAAAGAUGAAGCCAGGCUCCUCACCUUAAGAAAAUGAGCAGGAGUAGUUGCUGAAGAUUCUUACAUAGAAGACACUUCUCACUUUAAGGCUCACUUCUGGAUUCUCUGUUUCAUUCCUAGUUAAAGAGGUGCCUAACUCUGCCACCAAAGAACCCAGCAGGACCUUGGAGGUUAUGGGCCCCUCAGAUUUGGUCAAACAGGCAAGCAAAGGUUUGUGUCUUCUGAACUUUUUGAGUUCUCUGCUCACUUCUCUUUUGAAACCUUGGGUUCUGCAGGUGAUUUAUAUUUUCUACUUUUAAUAUUAAAAAACUACAAAUAUUAGUAAGAAAAUGUCUGGCAUUCAUGCAGCAGUUCCUGAACAGUGGCUAAUUCCACAAAUACUUUUCAAGGUUUUGGGAUUGGAGUUCUAAAUCCUUUGUUAUGUAAUUGUUUUGACACUUACCCUGCUUUAGGUCUCCAAAAUGAGCAGAAGAGAAAUCAGCUAGAGGAGCUACGGAAAUUUGGGGCCCAGUUUAAGGUGAGAAUGUUCUCCUUUUCUCCCGUCAGUGUACUUUGUGGGGCAGAGCAUUAAUGUGUUUCUGGCACCGUUGCUUACUCCCUGUCUACUUUCUCCAAGCUGCAGCCCAGCCCCUCCCCAGAGGCCACACUGGAUUUCCGGACAAAGGAGCCUCUUGAAGGAAAGGUGAAGGACAAGCCCCCGGAGGCCUUGGUUGGAGCAGGGGUCACAUGUGAGGUACCUGAUGAAUCCCCCAAGCCCAACGUAGAGCUGUCUGAAAGCAACAACAAGGAGGAAAAAGGCCCCUGUGAAGGCAUGGAACGCCAGACCCAGACUGCUAGUCCUCUAGGCAAAGGUGACGCAGAUGACAAGGAGGAUGGUCCUGUCUCAGAGUGAGUUAGUGGUUGUAACCACAGCAGAUGAGUUUUUGCUCUACAUUUCUUGUGGACUUCUUUGUAAUUUCUGUUGUACUUUUCUCCAGGCAGGUGAAGAAGUCUACCCUGAACCCAAAUGCAAAGGAGUUCAAUCCUUCAAAGACUCUCCUGUCUGUGGUGUGUAAUCUGGGAAACUAGCUCUGUGGUUAGUGUGCUUGCAUGGGAGGGAGGAGGGUGUGUAUCUGUGUGCUGCAGUAGAAAUGGUCAUACUUUGUCAGCUUAGCUCAAUAUCCUAUAGGCUCCAGCAGCUACCAGGAGAUGAUUGUCAGUAGAUGGGUAAGGCUUUUUUACUCCUAGUUGUUUAACAAUAGCUGCUGCAGCAGCAAAAUGGUCCCUCCAUUAUAGCUCUUAAAUGAAAGAGAACUUGGAGUAAUUGGAGUUUCUUGUAUGGAAGAACUGUGAGCUCCAUUCACUUCUGGACCACAAAACCAAUUUCUAGGUUCAGAAUUCCGAGUGUAUGGCUUCCGCACUAGGCUCUGGUUAGAUGAUCUUAGAUGAGUUCUUUACCCCCUCAAAAAUGACUUGUUUCUGAAGUCUUCACACCCUUGCUCUACAUUCUGUUAGUUUCUCUGUGUUCAUAGGUGCUUAUUUAAUCUCUGAUUACUUCCUCCUAUCUGUACAGAACAAGUCAACGAGCACACCCACAUCGCCAGGACCACGCACCCACUCUACACCCUCCAUCCCAGUGAUUACAGGGCAAAGUGGCAUGUACAGCCCACAAUACAUCUCUUACAUCCCACAGAUCCAUAUGGGCCCAGCUGUGCAGGUGAGAAGGGGGUGGAAUGAUGUGUGGAUGGUCCUGCCUUUGGAUAGAAGGGUGAGCUGCAUAAUCAUUGGUUCCUUUUGAAAUUAUUGCGGAGGCUAGUGUUAGAAUUAAUUGGCAUGUCCCGUGUCCUUUGCAGGCACCCCAGAUGUACCCUUACCCUGUUUCUAACUCUGUGCCUGGACAGCAGAGCAAAUAUAGAGCUAAAGGUAAGAGGGUUAAAGGUUGAUUAAGGAGCCAUGGUGAACGUUGGCUGGAAUGUAUACCUGCUGUGCAGUUUGGUGGGGUGUGCAGAUUUGAACUGGCUUCCCUACAUGAAUUUUCUUUCUGCACAGGCUCUCUGCCCCCACAGCGUUCAGACCAGCAUCAGCCCACCUCAGCCCCUCCCAUUAUGCAGGCAGCAGCAGCCGCAGGGCCCCCUCUGAUGGCUGCCACUCCGUAUUCCUCAUAUAUCUCCUACAACCCCCAGCAGUUCACUGGACAGCCAACUAUGAUGCAGCCCAUGGCACACUACCCCUCGCAGGUGGGUAUAAUGUGUACUUCAGUAGAGAAGCUAACUGCGCUGACCUUUGUGCCCCACACUAUCUAAUUCAUGUUCUUCUCUCCAGCCUGUAUUUGCCCCCAUGCUGCAGAGCAACCCACGUAUGAUGACUUCUGGCAACCAUCCCCAGGCUAUUGUUUCAUCGUCUACUCCCCAGUAUCCCCAGGCAGAGCAACCUACGCCCCAGGCUCUUUAUGGUGAGUUUGUACAGAGCCUGAAGACAUGUCUGUUCUGAGCUUCUCUUCCUCCCUCCCCCCUUGCAUUGUUGACCACUGCUUGCUGCUUCUCUCCCCAGCCACAGUGCAUCAGUCGUAUCCCCACCAUGCCACACAGCUGCAUCCGCAUCAGCCUCAACCAGCUACCACACCCACGGGCAACCAACAGCAAGCGCAACAUGCCGCCCCCAGCCCUGUGCAGGUACUAGUGUGGGAGGCACUUGAUGCUUGUUUGCUCUUGCGACUUGCACAGUUUGAUUUUGUGUUAAGAGAUUAGUGCUGGGGUGAUCCUUUAAGUUCCAGUCUGGAAAUUCUAGGCUAGCUCAGAAAGGGGUAGUCCUACAUUAGGAGUGAAGUUGUUACCAUUUCUUGUCUCAACUGAAGUCUUAGAGCUGCUGUGUGUGUGGAGUCCCAGGAAUAGACUAUCACAUCUUUACUUGCUAAUUUAUACCUUUGAGGGGCCCAAGUCUUCUAGCACAGUGUGGUUUCUGUAGAAGCACCCGCAUGUUUUAGGCAUAGUAUUCAGCAACUUGAGGAUGAACAGCUACUAACAGAUAAACAGCAUGGCGGGGACCCAUAACUGUCUUGAGACUUUGCCAAACGGCCUUGGCUAUCUUUCUCUCUUACACCCCUCCAUUUAAUCAGAAUUAGUAAGUUUUAGGGGAGGGGGAAUUAGUUAAAUUGACUUUUACCAGAGAGUCUGCUUUUAGUGUUUGGAAUAUUGACUUAUCUGGCCUUGCCUUAAGCGGCAAAUCGGUUAAGAAAAGAAUUAGCAAAUGUAGAAUCUUUCAUCACAUGCUCAAGGUUUUAUUGUGGGAAGAGAAAAUAGAAUAGCAAGGGCAAAUAUACUUCAGGAAAGCGGAGAGCCACCCAGCACCCACUGUUCCACACAUAUUCUUAGGCACUCCCUAUCUCCAUAGAAUGCAUAACAUUUCUCUAUGGCUGUAGCAAAGAGGGCAGAAGAAAAUAUCUUGAAGGUAGGUGUGAUGCAUUACCCCUGGUACUUGAACUGUGGCUUUUGUAUUCUCUUGCCAUAGCACCAGGCUGGACAGCCACCUCAUUUGGCCAGUGCCCAGCAGCAGCAGAACCUGUACCACACAGCCACACUGACAGCUACGCCACCCUCUAUAACGCCAGGGCCCAGUGCUCAGUCGCCACAGAGCAGUUUCCCCCAGCAAGCAGUCUACGCCAUCCAUGCCCACCAGCAGCUGCAGCACAGCUACGCCAACAUGGCCCACGUCACCCAGGUGAGUGUGCUUGCCCCGGGAAGGGUGAGUCUAGCCUUGAUUGUGUCAGGGACUCCCAAACCUCCAUCAGCCUGAGGCUAGACCGCUCCAUGAAAUAAGCUUGCUCUCUGAACACCACUGUACAACUUACACAAGGGACAUAAAAGUGCCACCUUAUCUUUGAAACCUACUAACCACUACACAUCUCUCCAUGCUUCUAGCUUCCAUCCAGAAUGCAGCACAAGAUCUAGUGUGGCUAUGUCAUAUGAAACUACCACACUUGUUCUUACUCAUCUGAUGCAGAAUCACAACUUAAGGAUUUAUAUCAGACAUAAAACGGCCACCAAAUGGAGUUCCUGUGCCUCUUUUUUAGAAAAAGCGCUGAUGAACACUCUAUAAUACCUAAGAGUGUAUGGAGUGUUAGUGGGGAGAGGUGGUGCCUCUGGUGGGGGGCAUGUUGUGCACCUUCUGGGGUAGUUUGUCCAACUUUGGUUGCCAUCCUCCACUCAGUUCUCACCUGUGGCUCCUAGAAGCUGUCAGCAUGCAACAGUGGCUAUACCGUGGGAACGGCUUCUUUGGUUGAGGGUAGCCGAUGCUCAAACUCUUGUUGAGUUGGGGACUUCCCCUUCAUGAAAAGACAGGCUCUGGCAUAUUUAGUGGAUGAGACCAAUAGUGGGUCCAAUGGUCAAGAAGGCGGUUUCUGCAUGUGCUGUAGAGGGAAGUGAGGGACAGAUAUGGCCCACCAACCUGGGAAGGAGAAGGAAAAUUCUGAUCCUAAAGCACUGCUGCCUUGUGGGAUAUUAUUGUAAGAAGAAAAAGCUCAGGAGUAAACUCUAGGCCUACACAAAUCCGCAGUGGAGUCCCAAAGACAGUUGGAUGGCUCCCAGAAACACACUCCAUUGUCUCUUGAGACAGAGGGAUGCCAAUAAUACUUCAGCUAUAUCAGUUAAAAUGAGUUGCCAAAUAGAGAUGAUCUUGCACUUUACAGAUUUGGGCUUCUCUGCUAAUUUUGUUGGUAAAGUGUGAAGUUAUCCACUGCUUAUUAAGGUACUGAUUGAAAUCACUUCUGCUUUCUCCACAGGCUCAUGUCCAGACUGGAAUUGCAGCUGCCCCACCACCUCAUCCUGGAGCUCCACAGGUCAUGCUGCUGCACCCCUCGCAGACCCACGGUGGGCCUCCACAGGGAGGUGUGCCCCAGAGUGGUGUGCCCACCCUCUCAGCCUCCACACCCUCCCACUACACUUAUAUAGGGCACCACCAAGGUAAGUCAAACUAGGAGGCUGAGGAAAGGAGGGAGGGAACUGAAUGGAACAGGCUCUCAUCUAUACUGACUUCCAGGGUAUGGAAGAGCUUAGGGACAUAUGGAUGAUUUCUAGGGUUUUAUAGGUUGUGUCUUUUGCGAUAGGGGUGGGGUUGAGGGUUGGUAGUUCUGGACUUUGUAUCUUUGUGAUCCUCACUACCUCUUUCUUUUCUUUCCAGUUCAAUCUCAUCCCUCCCAGCAGCUUCCAUUCCACCCCCCUGGGAACUGA